GGUGGAAAAGGAAGGAAAUUUCGUUAGAAGAAAGUACGAUACAAAGAAAGGAAAGGCUUAUUGGCUUUAGCGAUAAGAAAGUUAAAACAAAAGAAAGAAGAAAAAGGAAGAGAACUGUGCGUAGUCAGAUCGGACCCCACAGCAUUUCUCUAUCUUGUCCCUCACUCAAGUCUCUCUUCGGGGCUUCUGUCUGCCUCCGUCAACUUGUUUCCCUCUCUCUUCAUGCCGUUUCAAACUCUUAAUAGACCAGCUAUUACAUAUAACCCUUUUGCCUUCUUUCGAUGGCCAUUGCCUACCCUUUUCCCAUUUCUGCAUUUCUCUUCACUUGAUUAUUUUUAUUUAACCAAUGGAUGCUGAAUUCAACCACCACUAUCACCGUCGACCACUGCUGAGACUCAGAUGCUCAGUUCAGAACUAUGAUUGGGGCAAACCAGGCACGGAUUCCCAGGUUGCUAGGCUUUUUUCCUUGAAUUCUGGGUCUAAAAUUGAACUUGACAAGCUCUAUGCCGAGCUUUGGAUGGGAACCCACAAGUCUGGACCGUCUUUUCUGCUGGAAAGUGAUGUGGAGAAUGGGGCUUCAAUUGGGUCUCAAUGUAUCACUCUGAAAGAGUGGAUUGCCAAGAACCCUAAUGUGCUUGGAGAUAAGGUUUUUGAUAAGUGGGGUUCUGAUCUCCCUUUCUUGUUCAAGGUACUUUCUGUAGCAAAAGCAUUGUCGAUUCAGGCUCACCCUGAUAAAGAAUUGGCCAAAAUGCUGCACAAGUUGCAGCCAGAUGUUUACAAGGAUGAUAACCAUAAGCCUGAGAUGGCUUUGGCCAUAACUGAGUUUGAGGCCCUUUGUGGUUUUAUCAGUCUUGAGGAGCUCAAAGGGGUACUUCAAAAUAUUCCUGAGAUUGUAGAACUGGUUGGCUGUACAGAUGCCAACCAAGUUUUACAUAUGAACGAGCAGGAUGGGGAGGAGAAAGUAAAAUCAGUCCUGAGAUCAAUUUUUACCCAACUUAUGUCUGCUAGCAAAGAGAUGACAACUAAAAUAAUAUCAAAAUUGAAAACUCGAUUGCACCUAGAAAGCCAGGUGAGGAAGUUGACAGACAAGGAACGGCUGGUCUUGCAGUUAGAAAAGCAAUAUCCAGCCGAUAUUGGCAUUAUAUCAGCCUUCUUUUUCAAUUAUGUGAAGCUUAAUCCUGGUGAAGCACUGUAUCUUGGGGCAAAUGAGCCCCAUGCAUAUCUAUACGGUGAUUGUAUUGAAUGCAUGGCAACAUCAGACAAUGUUGUGCGGGCUGGCCUUACUCCCAAGCAUCGGGAUAUCCAAACAUUAUGUUCCAUGCUCACAUACAAACAGGGAUUCCCUGAAAUCCUGAAAGGAUUUCCUCUGAGUCCGUAUAUAACAAGAUAUCUCCCACCUUUUGAUGAAUUUGAGGUUGAUAGCUGUGUUCUUCCUAGGGGGGCAUCAACAGUGUUCCCUGCAGUCCCAGGUCCUUCCAUAUUUGUGAUCACAGCUGGGGAGGGAAGAAUGCACACCGAAUCAUCUAAAGAGGUUGUUACUGAAGGAGAUGUCCUGUUUGCACCUGCCAACAUUGAGAUUAGCAUAACAACUGUAUCUGAGCUGCAUCUGUAUAGGGCUGGUGUGAAUAGCAGGUUCUUCCAAAUCUUGUGAGUGGGAAGACAGAGCAGCUCUCAGUUUUAGGUUGGUGAUUUUCGAUUGAUUUUCAGAUUUUGCAUGCCUCAUGCUAUGUAUUGCCAACUUUUUCUUUUUACUUUUUUUUUUAUAUAUUCUGUAUUUAUGUAAUAUAAUAUAAUAUUAGAGCUUGCAUGUAAAUGCAAUCAGAGGCGGAUUUAGAAAUUUUUAUUGUUGGGGCAUUAUAUAUACAUGUAAAUUUAGGGAACUUUUUUUUAUUUAGAUCAAUCAAUAAUGGAAUAAGAUAGAAGAUAUAUAUGAUAACAUCUA